AUGGCGUCGAACACUGUUGGUAAAGUCAUCAAGUGCAGAGCUGCGGUUGCAUGGGAGGCUGGGAAGCCGCUGGUGAUUGAAGAAGUAGAGGUGGCGCCACCACAGGCCGGUGAAGUUCGUCUCAGGAUACUCUACACCUCCCUUUGCCACACUGAUGUUUACUUUUGGGAAGCUAAGGGUCAAACUCCAUUGUUUCCUCGUAUAUUAGGUCAUGAAGCUGGAGGGAUUGUGGAGAGCGUAGGUGAGGGUGUGACUCAUCUCAAACCUGGGGAUCAAGCACUGCCAAUCAACCCUAAUGCACCACUUGACAAAGUUUGCAUUCUCAGUUGUGGAGUAUGCACAGGUUUUGGUGCUACUGUGAAUGUUGCAAAACCAAAACCUGGCUCUUCUGUUGCUAUCUUUGGACUUGGAGCUGUUGGCCUUGCUGCCGCUGAAGGGGCAAGGAUCUCUGGUGCAUCAAGAAUCAUUGGAAUAGAUUUAUUCCCCAACCGAUUUGAAUUAGCUAAGAAGUUUGGGGUAACCGAUUUCAUAAACCCUAAAGAUCAUGACAAACCUGUUCAACAAGUAAUAGCUGAAAUGACAAAUGGAGGUGUGGAUCGUGCUGUUGAAUGUUCCGGAAACAUCCAGGCCAUGGCCUCAGCAUUAGAAUGUGUCCAUGAUGGUUGGGGUGUUGCUGUACUUGUUGGACUUCCAAGCAAAGAUGAUACCUUCAAAACUCAUCCUGCGAAUUUCUUAAGUGAAAGGACUCUGAAGGGUACCUACUACGGAAACUACAAACCCCGCACUGAUCUUCCUAAUGUUGUAGAGAAGUACAUGAAAGGAGAGCUGGAACUGGAGAAAUUCAUUACACACAGACUACCAUUUUCAGAGAUUAACAAAGCAUUCGAUUACAUGCUGAAAGGGGAGUCCAUCAGAUGUCUCAUCAAAAUGGAUGAGUAA